AUGGUGCGGCCAAGCACCAAAGGCAAGUCCAGGGCUGUGCUGCUCAUGGGAGCUUCUGGCGCUGCUCUCUGCUUCACAGCAACCAGGAGUUCCAACUAUCAAGUUGAAAGAGCAGGCUCCAUGGCUGCAAGCAAAGUCCUUGCUACGGCAGACUCCACAAGGUCACAAGCCUCGCGAGCAUUGCCAACCUGUAGCGUUCUAGGAGGCAUUGCCUGUGUAAUCCACCAAAGGCGGAGGCACAGGGUGUGCUGCAGAGCGCGCCCAUAUCCUGAUGGGCGAUACGAUGCUGAGACUGCAGCUUCUUACUUUGCCGGGCGUCCCUGGCUAGUCGCCUUGCGCGCAGCUGAGCUAGCUGGGGCGAGCUUGGGAUUUGCUGUCAAACUGCUGCUUGACUCGCAGACUGGGCAGUGGGAGGCCAUGAGCUCUGAGCGUGCGCGCGAGCUCACGGACAUGUUGACACAGCUCGGGCCGACCUUCAUCAAGAUUGGACAGGCACUCUCCAUUCGUGCUGAUCUUCUUUCUCCUGUUUAUCUCGAAGCUUUGACGCAGCUACAGGACCGAGUGCCGCCGUUCCCAACAGCUCAAGCAGACGAGAUCAUCGAGUCAGAGUUAGGACGGCCUGUUGGCGAAAUCUUCGAAGAGAUUUCGCCCGCGCCGAUCGCUUCAGCAUCUUUGGGCCAGGUUUACAAAGCGAAGCUUCGUGAUGGUCCAGAGGUUGCAGUGAAAGUGCAGCGGCCUGGAAUGGAAGAAAUUGUUGCUCUCGACCUCUACUUGCUGAAGCUGGGAGCCGGCCCAUUCAGGGCGCUUUUGUCGUUCACAAAAUCUGGCCUCAACACCGACGUUGCUGGAACGGUGGACGAAUGGGGCAAAGGCUUCGUUGGAGAACUGGACUACCGAGAGGAGGCACGCAAUGCAAUGCUAUUUCAACAAGAGAUUGCCAAGACGCCCCUGGCGGGAGCAGUCUUUGCUCCUCCGCCUGUAGAGGCAUGUUGCAGCACAAAGGUUCUAACAACGGAAUGGAUCAUCGGAGAGCGCUUGGAGCAAAGCGGAGCAGAGGAUGUGACAAAGCUCUGCUCGGUGGCCAUGAACACAUAUCUGACAAUGAUGCUCGAGACUGGACUUCUUCACGCGGAUCCACAUCCAGGCAACUUGUUGAGAACUGCGGAUGGCAGGCUGUGCAUACUUGACUGGGGCCUUGUCACGACCCUCGAUCCAAGUUUCCGGGUAGCGUACAUUGAGCACAUUGCUCACUUGGUGUCUGGCGACUACGAUCCGGUUCCUGCAGACCUUGUUCGCAUUGGUUUUGUCCCAGAGGGAAUGGAGGAUGACGUCAUCAACAGCGAGGUUGUGUCAACAUUGGCCCAAGUUUAUGGCCAAUGGAGUGCCGGAGGCGGCACGGCGGGGAUGGACGUGAACGGGCUCUUCAAUGAGAUUCAAGGCCUGAGCCGUCGCUACGGGAAUCUUUUCCGAGUGCCGCCGUACUUUUUCUAUAUAGCUCGAGCCUUCGCCGUGCUGGAAGGGAUUGGCAUAAGUACUGACUCCCAGUAUUCCAUCGUCAACGAGUGCCUGCCCUAUGUCGCGCAGAGGUUAAUCACUGAUUCCGACACCCGGAUCAACAAGGCUCUUGCUUCCUUCAUUUACGGCAGCGAUAGGGGCAUUGACCGGCAGCCAAGUCCGGAGCGUCUCAGAUACUUGGCAACAGGUUUUUCGUCAUACGUGGCUGCAACUCGCGCGGACAAGAACCCAGCAGCCAAGGAGGCAGCUGACCUUGCAGACCAGCUAGCCAGUCUGGUGUUGGGGCGACUGCCCGAUGCCCACGAAUCGUCCGAGUCAUCCGAGUCGUCCGAGGACCCACCCAAGGCGAGAACGGUCCCUCCGGCGCUUCAGGGACUUCUUCUGGACGAGAUGGCGAAGGUCGUUGGUGCAAAUGCCAGAGAGCUGGCGGCGUCCUGGAAUCUUCCAGGCAGUGGCAGCUUAGGCCUGAUGACGCCAGAUAGAAAUGACAAAAGAGUGCUUGCGAAUGCGCAGGAGAUUGCGUCCAUUGCCGAACCGCAAGUCCGCGAGGUGAUCGAGCGCUUUCGGGCCAUGAGACUCGUUUGCAAGUAUGGAUGUGCAUCCAAAGUGCUAACCAAGGCACAUGCUUGCAAGAGUAUGUUGUUUCAGAACUUAGGUCGUUUCGAGAACAGCGUAGCAUUGCAACGGAGGUCAUAUCUAGACUCUGGAGCUAUCGAGAUAAAGCUGUCGGUGCUGGAGGUGCAAGUGGCCUUGUGGCAUCGGCUCCAAGUCCCGAUGCUCAACUGCCGCUUGCAGUUUUAUCAAGAUGGGGUUGAUGCAAUUAGGAUCCUGUUUUGGAGGUUGCCCGGCUGGUUGUUCAGGGAAUCUCGCGAGCCAAGUCUUGAGGGCCGCACGUGCAACACUUGCAAGAUUGAAGCACAGGCCAGUCAUCCCUGCGGUCAGCUUGGAGGCUGGCUCAUGAAGGAAUGUGAUGAGAAGGUUAUGCGGUUAUGCGCAACCAGCCAAGGCUCGAACGUAGUUGCCGUGCUUUGCCCGUCAGCUCAGCUCGAAAACAGCAUGUGCAAUGCAUGCAAUGCUGUGGAGCAAAUGCUGGAGAGCAAGACCCUCACUGCCCGCCUGGUGGAGGAGUUCCGAGCAGAGGCCAAGCCGCUUCUGUUGAUCCCUGCCACUUUGAUUUCCAUGUCAUUAGCUGGCACUGCGUCACUCAGGGCCUUUCUGACUGGGCGUCUCCUGGACAUUGCCCUGGAAUCUGCAAAAAGCGGUGGAGACCCUUCGGGUGCUUUUCAUGCCUUGGCGCCGAUUGCAGGCCUUUACUUCGCAUGUGCUCUCUACGGGUACGUGGCGAAUGUGGUGCAAGGCAUCCUCUUUGCACUGGCGAGGUGGAAAAUGUCUAUGUCCAUGCGCCAGAAGCUCUUCAAGGCAUUGAUCCGACAAGAAGUUGGGUUCUUCGAACAAAACUCAAGUGGGGCUUUGGUGUCGAGGUUAACAAAUGAUACUGAUCAACUGCAGAACGUUCUCAAUCGGGCGCCAGAGAACCUGGUCACAAAUCUGAUGCGACUCGUUGUCUCUUUGGUUCUCAUGGCGCAGCAGCACACCUUGCUGACUCUGGUAAGCGUGGCACCGCUUCCGCUGGCUUUCCUCCUUGUCAAAAAAACUGGCCAAGUGGUGGCCCGGUAUGGCGUCUUGCAAAAUGAUUCCCUAGCACGAGUCAACGCUGUCGCAUCUGAGGCGAUCGCCAAUGUCAGAGCUGUGCAGAUAGCUGGCGCAGAGCAGACAGAGGUCAAGGAGUACUGCAACGCCACGAACGGAUAUCUGAAAGUCAUAGAACAAACGCUCUUCAAGGAGACGGCAUUGAGGUUUGUGUCGACGCUACUGAAUGAUGCUCUCUCAGAUGUGCCUUUGCUAUGUCUAUCCUGUUGGUUCAUUGCAUGCGGGCAGCUCACAAUGGGCCAGUUCUACACGUACAGGACGUUGCUCUGGAGCUACCGGCGCGGCUUUCGCGAGUUGGCGGAACUCUUCACCGGUGUGUCCCGUGCCCAGGCUGUGUCACAAAGAUACUUCGACCUUACAGAUCGGCGACCGGCAGUGUCCUCGAAACCAACAGCAACGCGACUGCCGGUGGAUUCUGUCAGCGGGAAGCUCUCUCUCGAAGGAGUGUCCUUUCGCUACCCGGGCCAGGACGAGUGGGCCCUUCGAAAUGUAACUUUCGAUGUGAAGCCCGGGGAGAUUGUUGCUUUGGUUGGAGCAAGUGGUGCGGGAAAGUCCUCCAUACUCCGGCUUUGUGCCCGCCUCGCAGAUCCUCAGGAGGGCUUUGUCCGUCUUGAUGGCCAUGAACUGCGGGAUCUGGAUCUGCAGGACUUUCGCCGUUGUAUCGGAGUUGUGGACCAGGAUCCAGCUCUAUUCGAUCGCACAGUCUGGGAAAAUGUGGGCUACGGCUGCAAUUUCGAUGACAGCCAGAAGCAGGACCUCCUUGCCAAAGCUGUGGCUUCAGCGCAAGCCACCAAGUUCGUGGAGGCCCUACCUGCAGAUGAACCUCUUGGGGAACGAGGUUCGCGGCUUUCCGGUGGUCAACGACAGAGGCUCGCCAUUGCUAGGGCAAUUGCCAGAGGUGCGCCGGUGCUUCUUAUGGAUGAGCCAACUUCAGCACUCGACGGUGAGAGCGAGGAGGCGGUUGCCUCAACUUUGACGGAGUUGGCUUCACAAGGUCGAGCAGUCUUAGUUGCCGCUCACCGACUGAGAACCGUUGCAAGGGCACAUCGCAUUGUGGUGCUAGAAGACGGCCGUGUGGUGGAGGAGGGUCGCCGAGAAGAGCUGCUGGCCCAGCCAAACUCCAGGUAUCGGGCUACGGUCGAGCCCUCUAUGGAGGUUGACUGA